AACCCUUUGACAUAUUUUAAAAAUAAAAAUCGACUCUGGAAAAUGGCGGCGCCCAUGUCGAUGAGACCGCAGCAAUAUCCAGCAGACGAUAUCCUGAAUCAUGUGAGAAGUUUUGUGAAAGGCUGCAAUGUUCGUACAGGUCAGAAGUUAACCAGUGUUGAGCAUGCCCGCUGUGCCAUAAAGCUGCUACGGACCCUACCCUCAGCAAGAGCUGCCGUGUUUGAGCACCUUUGCAAUGUUUUCAAUGAAAGUGUUAAUACUCACCUUUGUGAGUUAGAUGGAGAAGCGAGCAUUGGUCCAUGUCUCGACGAAGCCAUUCAUGAGAUCUAUGAAGUUCUAAUUGACUUUGUUGAUAUCAACUCCACAACUUGGGCACCCAUCAUCUUUACUUGGUCCAUUGAUCUCUUGGGGCAAGUAAGUCGGAACUAUGCAUUACGACGAGGUGUUCCUCAUUCUUCAAAUCUCAAUGAAAUUCUUCAAUUGUGGAUGACAUGCAAAGGUACCAGAACCCUAAUGGAUCUUUCUACUCAGUGUAUGUCCAACAUGAUUGGCAGUUGUCCUGAUUUGUGUGUGAAUGCCUUGCUCGAUGCCUCUGUCACAUACUCACCUCAUUUUGAUUGGGUAGUUGCUCAUAUUGGGUCUUGUUUUCCUAACACUAUAAUAACCAGGGUGUUAGCUUGUGGUUUAAAAGAUUUCUGUAACACUCAGUCAGAGGGCGCUGCAGGACCAGAGCAGAAAGUUCCAAAAAUGGCAUCUGUUGUUGGAAUUCUUGGGCAUCUAGCCAGUCAACAUUCUCAGGAUAUUCGAAAAGCUUUACUGGAGUUAUUCCAGGAAAGUCUUACUAGUGAAAAUGAGCAACAGUUGCAGACAGUGCCAUUCUUACUCCAUCUGGCAACCAUGUCCAUCAUGCUUUUAAAAGUCAUUACCACAGAUUUUGUGCAUUCAUUAACUCCAUCAGUAUUGAACAGACUAUCAGAACAAUUUGCCAAAUCUCCGAUAAUUAAACGGGACCAAGAAAGCCUAAUCCAUGUGGUUAUUCACCUGAUAUGCAAAUCAGGCAAUGGAGCUUUUAAGUUACUGCAAUUUUUGCUGGAGACUGCUUCUGGAAAUUUCCAUGAUGAGGCUGGGGAGGAGAAAGUGAACCAGGUUGUACAAGAUAACUGUUCAUUGGUCCUGGACUUACUGCUGUUAGAUCUACAGAGGUCUGUAUACAAUAAGACAGGUAGCAUUGUCCAGAAGAGUUCUGAAGACCACACUGAAAUCCCUUUCUUGGAGGAAUUACAGAAACACACUGAUGUACUUUGUAAGGACAUCUUAAAAACAGAUUGCAAAAGUUGGUUACAGCGUUUAUUGUGCCUUGUAGCUGUCCACUGUGGAGAAAGUUGUGGCUCAGAUAUACUUAGCUUCAUUGUUGUAAAUCUAAAUGACCAUGAAAAGGCAAGCCUGUUUAUAGUACUACAAGCUGAAAUGGAAGCUGUGUUUCCAGGGGUCCUUGAUCAAACAGUUAAGAAAACCCUGAGUCGUAUGCAACAUCUGGACACAGUUGCUUCUAUUAACUUGUUGAAGAACCUUGUUUGUUUGGUGCAGUGGGAGAAUAGUCCGGAAGGUCGAACAACUCCCAGGAGACGGGUUCAGGAUUGUCUGCAGUAUUACCUCCAGAUGAUCACGGCCCAAUUACACCAUUCAAGUCGAGACGUCUCCUCAGAAGCUAUCAAACUCAUGAUGCUGAUUGGAUUACCUGAAAGCAUUUCCUUAGCAACCAUUUUAAAUGUUGCAACAUCAACAGUGGAUUAUUAUUUCUCUGUCUUACACAUGGAAGACUCUGCACAUAGGCUUAGUCUACUUACCUGCUGUUGCAAGGUUCUAGAAAGUCUCAGCAAAAAAGCUGUGGGACAGACUAUUUUACUUAAAGAACUUGUGGAGGGCGCCCUUCAACAGGAAAAUGCCUUCUUAUUUAGUGGGAAAGUGGAGAGAUAUGUGGAUGAUGCUACAACUACUAGCGAGAAUAAGCUGCUGUUACUACAAGAGAACCAAAAUAUUGGUUCGACUGUGUCAUUCUCAAAACGAAUGACUAAUGUCUUUCAUGGGGGAACUGUGGGCAAGGGAGUCAGACCAAAGGUCAAACUCAUAACCAUCCCAGAGGACAUGGUUCUUAUGAAUGUGCAGAGUUUCACAUCUGUGGUAUACAGUUGUUUGGGUAGUGACCCAUUACUUUCACACUGUGCCACGCAAACAGGAACAGAUCCUCACCAAACAACACAAUCCAAUACAUCAACUACAGUUGAUAUACCCGAAUCAAGGAGAAAGUCUGGAACUGAGGUCCUAGCCCGUCUGUUAGUGGAGGUCAUCUGUCCUGAUGUUACACACGCCAACUCAGUAUGGCCAGAUGAAGAACAUAUUAGGAACAAGAUGAAAAUAGAUCUUGAAAUUCGAUGCAAGUUUGACAACAAUCCUAUUUUGUGGGAGUUGAUGGACAUGGUCUCCAGUGACUGUAUCGCCAUGUGUCAUUGUUCACCGUUGCUGUACAGUACGCUGUCUACGGUGAUUAAUUAUUGGGAUACUACACGUGUUAGCAAAGCUAAAGAGGCUCCGUGUGAAUUACAGGCAUCAUGCAAUAUCAUCAAAUACCUCAGUAAGGCCCAGUUGUUGGCACAACCUUUUUGCUACAUUGGUGAAAUAUUGGAACACUUGGAUCCACAUGAGGUGUUUGUUUUGCUGUCAAUUGUCUGGGCAAAUAUGAAGGAGAAUCCACCAUCAGAUGCUAACUAUGUACAAAUAUCAACUGACCAACCUUUGACCCGAAAAACACCACUUGUUUGCAACCCUAAACAUGUCGAGACAUUGAGGAGCAUCCUGCAUCAGAAUAUUGAUAUAUUUGGACAUUUGUUCUCCCGAUUCUUCCCCACCACCAGUACGACUAGUAUAUAGAUAAAAAAAAUAUCAACCAAAAAACGUAAUAGUAGGCAAUGUAUGUGUACAGUGCUUUUACAUUUUCGUAACCAGUCAUAUCGAAAUUUCAAUUAUGAAGAUGUCAAAUAUAGGGAAAAUUUUCUCUGCUUUCAA